ACUCGAUGUGGCCCUCAGGCCAAAAAGUUUGCGCACCCCUGAGCUAGAGACACAAGGCUCUAUAACCUAUUACCAAUCUACUGGUCAACUUUAUACUCGUACAAGUUAGAAAGCAAAAACCAUCUAGGUUACCCAACUCUGAAGAUCACGUUAGUGCAGUGACUAAGCCUAGUACGAAGUUUCUGAAGGGACUGGGGAACAUUGACUUCUUCCCAGAACAGACACUACAGUAAUUCACUCUUUUUGUUUUGCUCUUGUGUAGUUUGGGCAAAUCAGUGUGCAGAUGUUUGCAUCAAUUAUGGCUCAUGAGCUGGGUCAUAAUCUGGGAAUGAACCAUGAUGAUGAAAGAGUUUGUCAAUGUGGAGCAGAAAGCUGUAUUAUGAACUCUGGAGCAUCAGGGUCCAGAAAUUUCAGCAGCUGCAGUGCAGAAGACUUUGAGAAGUUAACUCUGAACAAAGGUGGAAGCUGCCUGCUUAAUGUUCCCAACCCUGAUGAAACCUAUAGCAUCCCAUUUUGUGGCAACAAGUUGGUGGAUGCUGGGGAGGAGUGUGACUGUGGUUCACCAAAGGAAUGCGAAAGUGAUCCUUGCUGUGAAUCAGAUACUUGUAAACUCCGAGCAGGGGCUGAAUGUGCGUAUGGCGACUGCUGUAAAAAAUGUCGGUUUCUUCCAGGAGGCACUGUGUGCCGGGCAAGUACCAAUGAAUGUGAUCUCCCAGAGUACUGCAAUGGGACCUCCCAUUUCUGUCAGCAAGACGUCACUGUUCAGAAUGGGUACCCGUGCCAGAAUGAUGAAGCCUAUUGUUACAAUGGGGUUUGCCAGUACUACGAUGCGCAGUGUCAGGCUAUCUUCGGCUCAAGAGCAAAGGCUGCCCCUAACAUUUGUUUUGCUGAAGUGAAUUCCAAAGGUGACAGAUUUGGCAACUGUGGUUACCAUGGCCAUGACUACAAAAAGUGUUCCAGCUGGAAUGCCAUGUGUGGGAAGCUGCAGUGUGAGAAUGUGAAAACCAUGCCUGUUUUUGGGAUUGAACCUGCAAUUAUUCAAACCCCCAUCAGAAGCACUACAUGUUGGGGUGUGGAUUUCCAGCUAGGAUCAGAUGUUCCAGAUCCUGGAAUGGUGAAUGAAGGCACAAAAUGUAAUACUGGAAAAAUCUGUAGGCACUUCCAGUGUGUAAGUGUCUCUGUUCUGAACUAUGACUGCGAUGUGGAGAAAAAAUGCCAUGGACAUGGGGUAAGUCAGGCAUAAAGGUGCCUUUCUAUUCUGAUCCAGCCUGGUCUGAAUGUUCCCUGAAAGUCCUGCAGUAUUUCU